AUGGCCACCACGCCUCCGCCUGCGGCCCCGGUGCCCAUCCUCGAGCAGCUCUGCGUCACCACCGCCAUCAUCGGGCUGCUGGCCAUUGGCGGCAAAACCAUCGACUCGCUCUACGAGAUGAACACUAGCCCUGGCCGCGACACAGUCAUCCUCAACAAGGCGCUCCAGGAAGUCAAGCAGUGCCGCUCCUCGGUGCACAUUCUCUACAAGAACUUCUCCCUUCUCGAGGCUGGCCAGCUGCCCUACCCCGAUCGCGCCACCUGGAUCAGCAUCGACGACCUCAUCGCCACGCUGACCGACGCUGUCCUCGCCAUAUCCGACCUGCAAGAGGCCAUCGUGCCCAUUGAGGUUUGCGAAAACCUGUCCGCGCGAAUCGCCUCGUGCGCGCAGCAUUCCCAGAAACUGUCGAGCUUGUCCGCCAGGAUACGGUGGCAUAACCUGUCCAUGAACAUGAUGAUGACCAUCCUAAAGUGUCCUGGCGAACAAGAUGCGCAGAACAGCAGGCUCGGCCUGGAGCGACGGAUGACGAGGCUGCUCUCCUCCAACAGCGAUCUCUCCCUCCGCAUGCGCCGGCUGCGAGAUUCCUUUGGCGCGCGAUCCAUGGCCCGGCGCCCCAUCCCCAUCCCCAACUAUGCGCCCGUAGCCCAGAAUGCGCCGCGGCUACCCGCCGACCGCACAUCCUCAGCCUCGUCCAUCUCGGAAGCCUCAGCGUCAACAUCCACGUCGGGGCAGUCCGGCCAGCAGCCCACAUCCGACGGCGAUGCUAUUACUACUGCUGCCGCUGCCGCUGCUAAUGCUGCGGCUCCCCAGCCUCGGCUCUGGUCCAUCUUCUCCGGCUACAAUCUCGCCGACAUCCCCGUCCUCUCCAUGAUUCCUCUCCCAGUCCUCACCCUCGAACUCCGCGACAACGAGUUCUACACCUUUGAUUUCGCCCAGCGAGUAAGCGACGACCUCGUGGAGCUCAUGCAACUCGACCCGGGCCAGCAGGGCACCAGCAAGAUGCUGCGUGUCAUUCUCCAGAAGCCGGUCGUUGCUCUGCCGCCCGGCAGCAGCGCCGGCAUGAACACGACGCCCAAUACUACUACAGUGCCGCUGGAUGCUUCAGCCAUUGCUCCCGCGAGCACGACUCCCGCGGAGGAGCCCAUGCGGUUAAAGAAGAUGAUUAAAUUCAAGAACCCGCUCAAGCACCGCAUUCGACGGAAGACGGUCAAAUGA